AGAUAAAGCAACAUUUCGUGAUAAUGUAAACAAUUCAAAGUUACAAGUGCUCUGCGACCGUGUAUGUGAAAAUGAUUCUAUUUAUAUUUGAUUAAAUUGGAUAUAAUAAAUAAGAAAAUGGAGAAGAAAACAUGGAUCACGCCAUUUAAGAAACAGUGCUUCGUAACAGCCGGCGUGUGCCUAAACAUGGCGGGUCACGGUAUCGUUAUAGGGUUCGCCGCCAUCCUGCUGCCGCAGCUGAAGAAGCCCGGGUCCCUGAUCCCCAUUGACGACUCCUCGGGUUCUUGGAUUGCAUCCAUUCCAGGAUUCGCUCUGGUGGCAGGCAACUUCAUCGUCUCGACAAUCAUGGCCAAAUGUGGUCGACGGACGGCCAAUCUCAUCUCGAUCAUACCCAUGCUCGUUGGAUGGUUCUGCAUACUAACAGCUAACAGUAUUCCUUUACUGUUAGUUGCCAGAUUUCUUCAAGGACUAUCUAUGGGAAUAUCUUGUUCGUUAGGACCGGUUUUAAUUGGAGAAUAUACAAGUCCACGCAAUCGUGGAGCUUUCUUGACAAUGAUAUCUCUGAGUAUCGCUACAGGAGUUCUAAUAGUUCAUACAAUGGGAUCUUAUUUAUCAUGGCAAACGACUGCCUUAGUGUGUGCUUUCAUAGCAUUUAUUGAUUUGAUUAUUGUGAUCUAUUCACCAGAAUCGCCAAGUUUUUUGGCUGAUCAGGGGAGAUAUGAGGAAUGUAAAACGAUUUUUAGAUGGCUAAGAGGAGAUAACGAAGAAGAAGAAUUACAGAGAAUGAUAGAAGCAGCUAUCAUUGUUCGAGAAGCUAAAUUAGAAGUUAAUAUUGAUCAAUCAAUUGGCAAGAAAAUACGUAACGGUGUCUCGUAUUUUCGAGCUGCGAUUAAGAAGAAGGAGUUCUAUAAACCUAUCCUUAUAAUGAUCCAUAUUUAUACACUAGGGCAAUGGGCAGGAGCUACCAUUUUAGCUUCAUACACAAUAGAUAUAUUCCACAAUGUGAUUGGUCCAGACGUCAAUGUUGCGUUGAUGAUCAUAACAUUAGAUACGCAGAGAAUAAUUUCAAAUGCUUGUGCAGUUUUUGUUAUUAGAAAAGUUAAGAGGCGUACAAUGUUGUUUGUUACUGUUGGUAUAAAUCUGUUUGCUUUCUUAGCUACAGCCGCGUAUACCUAUGCUAAAACACAUGGAAUGUUGCCGUUUGACCAUCCUCUAAUAGGUUUAGCAUUGAUACACGUCCACAUGUUUUCAAUAGCUACCGGUACAGUACCUUUGCCAUUUAUAAUAGCAGGUGAAUUAUUCCCAUUGGAGUACAGAAGUUUGGCUGGAGGUAUAAGCGUGUUAUUUUUGUCAACAAAUUUAUUUAUAAUAGUGAAAACUGUACUUUUCCUUUUUAAUACUGUAGGCGUACACGGUGCAUACUGUAUUUAUGCCGGAAUAGUUACAUAUUGUUUGUUUAUAGCUUGGAAGUUCUUGCCAGAGACAAAAGAUAGAACUUUGCAGGAUAUUGAAGACGAGUUUCGAGGCAGACCGUUGUCUCCUGAGGAGUUACAAUCAAUGGAGUCGUUGACGUCCUGGAAAUUGAAAAGUAGAGAUAGACGAUGCAGUAGUCUCGUUAUUUGAAAAUUAUCGAAUAUUUUUAUUAUGUAACAAAGAAUAUAUGGCUUCUAAGUUUUGACAUAGAUUUAAAGAAAUCGUGGAAUACGAAGCAAAGACACAAAUGUACAAAAUUAUAAGUGAAAUUAGAUAAUAUAAGUAAAUAGUAAUUAUAAAGGUGGCUUCCCACGGCCCGUGAUUUUACUAGCAGCGUCGCGCCACGCCUAUUAGCACGAGCGUACUCGCGCCACAGGCCCAUACCAGAGAAUAAAGAAUAAGAGAACGAACACUCUCCGCCCCUCCCCAGUUUUAGAUACCGCACCACGCCCCACACAUUCCCGGUCACAUUGCCUGAACGACAAUAAGGCUGCCGGCGAGCCGUUUUCGCGCAAAGACGGCUUUGAUAUUUGAAUAUAGUUUUCAUUUAUUCAUUACGAAACUUGUACGUUAAUAUAAAACAUUAUUUUACGUUACUAUUUAUAAU